AUGCCUGACUGGGCUUCGCUCAGCCGGUUCGAGAUUCGGCACGUGACGCUGCCUCUCCAGCGGUACCGCGCGUUAGACGUGCCCUCCCAGGUGCUCGGUCACUCCGUCUCUGGCGAGGCGAUGCUGCCGCUCUUCGCCAGCCUUUACUGGUGCCUGGACCAGCACAAGUGCUUCUGCGGCAUCUGGCUGGUGCCGCUCUCGGAGAUGGCCAACGGCGUCGUCAAGUGGCUCACGCGCCGCGGCCGCCCCGCCUGGGUCGACGAGCGCGUGAUGAUGCACCAGUGGUCGUCCGAGUUCUCCUUCCCGUCCUCGCACUCGCAGCUCGCGGCUGCGGUGAUGACGUGGCUGGUCCUCUCGUCGGCACACGCCGAGGCGGCGACAUCGACGCCCGCCCUGCCCAGCGCCGCCUACGCACUGCUCGUCGCCGCCUCGCGAGUGCACGUUGGCCUGCACUUUCCGAGCGACGUGGCAGUCGGGCUGCUAUGGGGCGCGCUCUCCGCCGCCGCCUACGCCCACAUCGGGCGAGAGCUCGACCCGCGGGGCGUGCCGCACGGCAACUACAUGGGCAUGCUGGGCGUGCUCGCCGGGCUGGCGGUCGGCGGCGCCUUCAAGCACCUCUUCCCACUCCACUACCCCGGCUCGGGCGCCUCUGCCUUUGUCCGCGCCGUCGUCGGCAACGGCGGCUGCGCCGCCGCUCCUCGGAGGUCGCCCCUCAGACACGCCCAAGACGCGUCCUCGACGCGUCCCGCAGGCGGGCUGCUCGCCCUCUUCGAGGGGAUCGGCGCGGCGACGCCGAGGCAGCCGCUGCGCCUCUACGCCGCGCUCCGCUUUUUAAAGUACUGGCUCGUGCCGGUGUACAUCCUCCUCCUCGCGCCGUACGCCUUUGUGCGGCUCGGCUUGUGA